AAGAAAAGUCAAAAAUCAGUGUGUUGGCUCGAUUUAGAAAAAUAUUAAUAAUUAUCACGUAAUUACAAAUUAUAAUGAGACCGAAUUUAUACAUUUAAACAUGAAAUUAGUUAAAAUAUAUUAAUUAAGUAUACACGAAUGUAUUGAACGAAUCAUUGUUCAAUGUUGAGGGUCGUCAUGACAAGGGCUUUUCGUUAAAUAGAUUUUUUUGUAUGGAAACCGUGAAUAUGGAGUUAAGGGAGGCCGGAGAUGGAGCUGCGGCUGUGGAUUGUGAAGAUACUCCGAAGAAAUACAGUUGGGCGGAGGUGCGGCAAGCAGUACACGACUUAAGAAAAGAACUAUCGUCUUUGUCCACAAUGGUACCCAUGGCAAUAUCAUUCAGGAAACUUGGUAAUGGAAAUACGAGGAUAUACUUCUUAAGGACCCCGCAGAACGGGUGGGAGAUCACGCUCCUGUACACCGAUAUCAGCCCCACCCAGCACACCAGUAAUGCAAGGUUGGAUUGGAAACCACUGAUUGAAUCAAACAUAGCACUCGGUGUGUCGUCGGGGAAGUGGUCGAGGGAGGAGCAGUUGCUAUGGGAGCGGCAGAGGGUGGCCGGGUGGGGCAUAGCGUCCUACGAACUGCAUCCGAAGACCGGCAGGGUGCUUUUCCCAUGUGCCUCGUCCUUGUUUGUCGCUGAGGAAGGACCAAAUCAGUCACCACCUCUAGUCCCGCGCUCCCUCAGUACCGGCUGGGGGGCGCCCCUCACGCCAGCGAUGUGUCCCUCGAUGCCCUCGCUCGUCGCUCACGCAGCGAGGGGAGACAUAUGGCUCGCGGGUGAUAAUCUAAAACGACCGGCUCGACUGACAUAUGCGUGUAAGGGAAGGGAUGAACGCUUAGCAGAUGACCCUCGCCAAGCUGGAGUACCAUGUUACGUCACACAGGAAGAAUUCUCACGGUAUACGGGCAUCUGGUGGCAACCGAAGCGAGAUGAUGACGUAUUUCGGAUAGUGUACGAGGAGGUAGACGAGAGUGACGUGAAAAUAUUCAGCUUCCCGUCCUCGCAGAGCUCCAGCGGUGAGAUUGAGGAGUUCAGAUUUCCACGCGCCGGUACACCGAAUGCGAAAUCUAUUUUGAAGAUGGUAACAUUUAGACUGCAAAAGACUACCCCAACCACCGUCCUGGACUAUUACCAGGAAGGACACUCGGACCACACACCACAAGUUUCAGACUGCAGCGAAUUAAUGGAAGUGACUGACAUCAGAUGGUACCAGCUGCGACAAUCGCUCAAAGAGACAUUCCCCUGGUUCGAAUAUUUAGCGAGGGUCGGCUGGACGCCUUGUGGUACAUACGUGUGGGUGCAGCUGCUGGACCGCAAGCAGCAGCGGCUGGAGCUGGCGCUGGUGCCGGUCAGUGAGUUCAGUUCCCGGGGCGUGUACGAGUCGGCGCCGACCAGCCUGCAGCCCGCCGACUGCGGGGAAGAAGCGCACGUACACUGCAGCGAGCAGCAAAUCCAAGUCCUGAUAUCGGAGACGGCGCCGGACGCGUGGGUGAACGUACACGACAUCCUGUACUUCCUGCCGGCUGCGCCAGGAACGAUGAGGUUCAUCUGGGCGUCCGAGGAGACGGGCCACUUGCAUCUCUACCUCGUGACGUGUGCGGUGCCAGCCAAGAGAGCCACCUCUGUAAUAGACAUGAUAACGGAAGACGAAUCGAACGCUCUCGGUCCAAGCGUGAUCAGCAAGCAGCCCAUCACUAGCGGGGAGUGGGAGGUGAUGGGAAGGAAAAUAUGGGUGGAUGAGUCUCGGGGGUUGGUGUACUUCGUGGGGCUCCGCGAGACGCCGCUGGAGCGCCACUUGUACGUGACCUCCUACGACCCGCCCGCACCACAGAGCGUCACGCUGUUGACAACCGUGGGACACUCGCACACCGUCGACAUGGAUGAGGAGUGCUCGGCGGCGGUGAUCACGUCGUCCAACAUCAGCAGCGCGCCGAGCACGCGCGUGCUGCGCGUGGAGCACGGCCCGCCGGCCCCGCCCGGCGCGCGCGGCGAGCGCGGCCCGCCAGGCGCGCGCGUGGCGCUGCGGGCGUGCGGCGCGCUGGCCGAGCGCGCGCACGAAACGUCAGACGCUCGGUCGUUCAACGGCACGUGGGACAGUCGAGUCGGCGACGGCGACGACGAAAACGACGUGUCCAUACUCGUUAAAGAGCGCCUGCUGUCGGCCGCGCCUGCGCCGCAGAUCCUGAGCGCUCGCCUGUCGUGCGGGCUGCGCGCCUACUGCACGCUGUGGCGCGCCAGGGGGGCCGGCCGCCGCCCCACCGUGCUGCACGUGUACGGCGGGCCAGAGGUGCAGACCGUCACCAACAGCUACCGAGGCAUCCGACAGCUCCGCAUGCACAUGCUGGCGGCGCGUGGUUUCAACGUGGUCGCCGUGGACUCGCGGGGGUCCAAGCACAGGGGCCGGGCGUGGGAGGCGGCGAUACGGGGGAAGAUGGGCCAGGUCGAACUGGAUGAUCAGGUUGAAGUAUUACAGUGGCUGGCGAAAGAAACCGGGUGUAUCGACAUGGAUAGGGUCGCGAUACACGGAUGGAGUUAUGGCGGGUACCUGGCGCUGCUGGGGCUGGCGACGCGGCCCACCGUGUUCAAGGUGUGCGUGGCGGGCGCGCCCGUGACGUGCUGGCGGCUGUACGACACGGCCUACACGGAGCGCUACAUGGGGCACCCGGCCGCCGCGCCGCACGCGUACUCGCGCGCCAGCGUGCUCGCGCAUGCGCCCUUCUUCCCCGACAGAGAAGGCAGAUUGCUGAUAAUCCACGGUCUUGCAGAUGAGAACGUCCACUUCUGUCACACGGCAGCUCUCCUGUCAGAGUUGAUACGUCUCGGGAAACCGCACAGAGUUCAGGUAUAUCCCGGUGAGCGACACUCCCUGAGAGCGAUGCACGCCUCCAAGCACUACGAGGCGACCCUACUCCACUUCCUACACGAAAACCUCUAAUACGUCUCGGCCGUUGGUAGCUCGACCGGUAACGCUACCAUACAGUCCACAGUUAAGCUACCAGAUGCCAAGUAUAACUAACCGAUUGAACAGUAUUAUGCGGUAAAGAGUCUAAUAUAAACUUAAAAGUAUUUUUUUUUUUCUUAAUUUUAUAAGUAUUAAUGGUUUUUUUUUCUGAAAAGUAAUACUCAAGUGAAAAUUUUAAUUCAUGAACAAUGCAAUAUAAUAUUGGUAUAAAUAAACGAAAUAAUCUUUGGAAUUUUCUCGAUAACCAGAUUCGUUCAGAUAAAAAACCGGUUUCAUCCGACAAGAAGCGGCUCAAACUAGAUAAAAUAUAAUAAAAUUAUAACAAUUACCGAGUUUUUUUUUUAACUCAAACUUUGUAUAAAUUUAUUUGAAAUUGAGUAUUUUUCGACGAAUUAAUUUAUAUAUGUUUUUAUAUGUAUUUUUGUGUAAUUGCGCUUUCACACUAACAUAACAGUUUCGAGCGGUUUCUUGUUAACAAGUCUGAACUCUAUAAAGCUUUGUACUUAAUAAUUUAAAAAUGUAUUCCGUUUAAAAACCCAGUGAUAAUGUUUUUUUUUUUUUUCAAAUGAAUUUGUACAAAAGUAUUAUAUAUUUAAGGACUAGCUACCUGGCCCGGUUUUGCACGGGUACUCUAUGCAAUACAUGUGUAUUGGUUUAUGUGGCGCAAGUCAGAAAAACACCCAGUCGGCAUGAUUUCCGACAUCGUCAACAAUCAUCGUCAUAUUUCAGCCAAUUUACACAAAUACACUAAUUAAUCAUACACCUGAACCUUUCUCGUGAAUCAUUUUGUUUAUUGGUGAAAACCGCAUGAAAAUCCGAUCAGUAGUUUUUGAGUUUAUCGCGGACAAACAGACAGACGUAGCGGGAAGAACUUUUAUAAUAUGUAGUGAUACACAAACAAACAUACGAUCUUCUCUCUGUUAAUCUUACUAAUUAUAAAAGCGUAUGUGUGUUCGUAUGUUCGUACUUUAUGGUGGUACGUAUGGUCUUCACCCCACAUUAACAUCCCAUUUAUGUGAUGCGAACGAUACACAGCUGGAUUCCAUGGGGUUUCGCCAUUGAAUUGUACUACAUUGUUAUGUAACACUAUAGAAUAUUUAAAUAGCACGAGGAUUAAAUUCUUCACCAGGACUUCACCCUUCAAAAACACAAUCAGCGAUAGAGUAUAUGAUGAGUGGGUAACUACUCGGAAGCUCUAUUACCGAUUAACUCACUCACUCACUCACUCACUCACUCACUCACUCACUCACUGGGCUAUGGUUGAAUAUAUUUAAUAAUUUUUCAAAUCUUUUUGUCGGUUUUUAUCUCAAUGGUCUCAAUAGAUCUCAGGAAAUUUAGUCUUUUAAAGGGAUUUUUUAAAUAAUUUUUGUUGUUAAUAUCAAGUAUAUACCAUAAAUAUAUAAUAAAACGAAAUUCAUACUUGUCACGUCAAUAGCUUAAAAAGUUUCACGUAUAUUGAUUUAGUAAUUAUUUAAUUAGACAUUACAUAAAAAUUAAUUCAUAUGUAUUCUUAUAGGUUUCAAUAGAAUUAGAAAAAAAAAUAGUUUUUCUUAUCUUUUACGUUAAUAAUUGCCAGCGUAAUAAAUAAAUACUCAAUAUGCAAUAUUAAAUAUCAUUACUGUAAAACAGUUUUAUAAAAGUUUAUUUAAAUGGUGUAAUGUAUGGUCAGCGAAAACAGUUUAAAGUUUUAUUUAAUUUAUGAUUAUUAUUUACUUAUAUAAUAAUUAUAAGCAAUAUUAAUUAUGUCAAUAUUUUUCUGUUGUAAAUUAACAACAAAAAAGUUUAUCCAAGUAAAUAACAAAUUCAAUCAUAGUACUAAAGUAUAUAUAGAAUAAUGUGCAUUUUUUUAUAUCUAUAUUUAGUGAAAUAAUUGAAAACAUUUGUAAUGGAAAUCGAUUCAUGUCUGUAUAUAAAUAAGGUCCACAAUCCCAUUUGUGAAAUAAAAAUACGUUAAUUAUCCAAAUAUUUCCUUCGCGAAUACAAUUUUGCUCUUUAUAUAUAAGACGGAUCGAUUUGCUAUGAAAGCAAUUCUUAGUGUUAACUACGAACUACAGCUGAAGUGUUUUUUUUUAACUCUGGAAAAUCGCGUUACGCAUUUCCCCUACGGGAACAGUGGUGGGGGGUAUGUGGGGCUCGCCGGUGUCCAAGGCGCCGAGUGCGUCCCGAACAUCGGAAUACCCACUAAAAAACCAGCGGUAUCCUUUCCGUCUUAACGAGGAGCGCUACGGGAUCGCUUUCGCAUGCUGCCGUGACAAAUAGUUUUAAAACCUGUUUAAAUUUGGUAUUUCUGCGUUCAUACUUGUAAGCCCUGGUACUGAUUUUUAUCAAUCAGGAAGGUGCACUGGCUAAUGGCCAACUGGGUCACCGGAUGAUAAGUGGUCACCGUCGCCUAUAAACAUUGACACUGUAGGAAAUAUUUACCUUCGACAGUAAUUUUUCAAGCAUGUCUCAUCCCUCAGUAACAUUUAAGCGUUUAAAAGCUAGAAGCUUCAGUCACAUGAUGUUUUUCGCGCCAUUUUUUUUAAUAGUAAUUUUUCGCGCCUUAUUAUUUUUUUUUUUUUUUGUAAAACCUCUUUCGUUUGCAUUUCAGGUUUAAAUAAUAGUUUUAAAAUGGGUAUAAUUUCUGUAUAUAUGCUAUUGUAAUGUAAGCGUACUAUUGACUAUUGACACGUUAUCGCAUAAUACUAGUUUAACAGCAAAAAGUCAUCGAUAUUAUAAGUUUCUUAACUGUUAUUAUGAAAUAAAAUAUUUUAAUGAAUUUUAAA